AUUUGACGUAAUCAAGUAUAAUUUAACUAGUCAGUUGACAUUAUAAAUAAACGAGUUGAUAACUCAGUAAAGUCCAGUAUCUUGUCAACUUUGCAAGUGCUAUCAUCAUUGAUUAAUCAAUUUUAAAAAAAUGAAUCGUUGGGUUGGUAAAAUAGCUAUUGUUACUGGUGCUUCAUCUGGCAUUGGUUUAUCAAUAGCUAAAACUUUUAUUAAAGAAGGUUUAAUUGUCGUUGGAUUAGCCAGAAGAAAGGAAAAAAUGGAGGCAGAAAUUGGUAAUUUGGGAAAAACUUGUAAAGGUAAAUUUUAUCCAAUUAAAUGUGAUGUGUCAAGUGAAGAUGAUGUUAAACAAGCAUUUGAAUGGAUCAAAAAAAAUAUUGGAGUUGUACAAAUUUUGAUAAAUAAUGCUGGUCUUGGUGUAAUUGGAAAUUUUGCAGAUAUGGAUUUAGCUGUGUCAAAAAAUAUCUUGAAUGUUAAUUUAUUUGGUACAAUUAAUUGUACAAAAGAAGCAUUGACAGUGAUGAAAGAAUCAAAAGUUGAAGGUCAUAUUAUCAACAUUAAUAGUAUUCAAGGCCAUCGUGUUUAUUGUUUCGGUGAAUUGGGUUUCAAUACUUAUCCAGCAUCAAAACAUGCAAUAACUGGAUUCACUGAAACCUUACAACGUGAACUGAUUGGUCAAAAAAUUCGUGUUACGAGCAUAAGUCCUGGCUAUGUUUCAACAGAAAUAGCAGAAGCUAAUAACUUUGGUGAACAUGUGACAAAUUUACCAUGCCUUGAGUCUCAAGAUAUUGCCGAUGCAAUUUUUUAUGUUAUUUCAACUCCUCCACGAGUUCAAAUAACUGAAUUGACAAUUCGUCCUUUGGGAGAAACACUAUUGUAAAAAUAAUAAUUAUAAAAUGAAUUGACAACAAAUAUAUGUAUACCAAUAAUCAAUAAUAAUUAUUUGUUACUUAAUCAUUGAAUAGUUUUUUUUUUUUUUAUUAAUUUUUAAAUAAAUAUUUUAAAAUAUUUUUUAUUCAUAAAAUUUAUAUAUUUGUUUUUAUUUUUUUUAACGAAUAUAAUAAAUAAUAACUGAACACUUUCUUUAUAUUUUACUUUGUAGCCUUAUUAUCAGUACCACAACUACUGAAUUUUUCAAAAUUAAAAUUCAAACAAAUGAAUUUAAAAAAAUUAAUAAAUAUCAUAAUUUUUUUUUUAUUCUAAGGUCAAAAAAUUAAAAAAAAAAAAACAUGAUUAACUUGUAUCUGACGGUUAAUGAAUGUUUAUUUUUUUCAUCAACUACUGAUAUUUUAUCAAUUAACUAAGUUGUGCAAUGUUCAAGGUUUUUUUACUUUGAUGCUGAAAAAAAAAAUAUAAUAUAAUUGAUACCCACAAUCUACAGUUAGUAAUUAUAAAAAAAAAAAUCAAAUAAGCAUAUACUUUGUGCAAAAAUAAAAUCAUCAAUUAUCAUUUGACAUAAAAUGUCAGAUCAUCAUAUUGCAUAAUGAUCCUUCCACAUUUCUUCUUAUAAAUACUGCUCGCAUGCCUGAUAAACUUGUCAUUUAUGUUUGUAACUCGGUUAGAAUAGACAAACAUAAUUCGUUUUAACAAUUUAAUAAAUAAAAAUAACAAUGGAACGUUGGAAUAAUAAAGUGGCAGUUGUAACUGGUGCCUCAGCUGGAAUUGGCCUUGAAAUAACAAAAACUUUGCUUCGUCAUGGUUUAAAUGUUGUUGGAUUAGCAAGAAGAAAAGAAAAAAUGGAG